AUAAAUACUCCACUGUUCGCCGCUGUAUAACCAUCAAGGAAAACAUUUCCUAUUCACAACAACAUCUCUUCAUCAACAACAAUGGCAAUUCAAAAGGUUCAAGCUCGUCAAAUCUACGACUCCCGUGGUAACCCUACUGUUGAGGUUGACUUGACCACUGAGACUGGUGUCCACCGUGCUAUCGUUCCCUCUGGUGCCUCCACCGGUAUCUGGGAGGCUCUUGAGCUCCGUGAUGGUGACAAGACCAAGUGGGGCGGCAAGGGUGUUUUGAAGGCCGUUGCCAACGUCAACGAGAUCAUUGCUCCCGCUGUCGUUAAGGCUAACCUUGAUGUCACCAACCAAGCUGCUUUCGACAAGUUCUUGAUUGACCUCGACGGUACUGAGAACAAGUCCAAGUUGGGUGCCAACGCCAUCUUGGGUGUCUCCAUGGCUGCCGCUGUUGCUGCUGCUGCUCAAAAGAAGAUCCCUCUCUACCAAUACAUUGCUGAGAUCUUUGGUACCAAGCAACCCUUCGUUCUCCCCGUUCCCUCCUUCAACGUUUUGAACGGUGGUUCCCAUGCUGGUGGUGAGCUCGCUUUCCAAGAGUUCAUGAUUCUUCCCACUGGUGCCCCUACCUUCUCCGAGGCCAUGCGCUAUGGUUCUGAGACCUACCAAAUCUUGAAGAAGAUCGCCAAGCAACGCUAUGGCUCUUCCGCUUCCAACGUCGGUGACGAGGGUGGUAUCGCUCCUGACUUGCAAACUCCCGAGGAGGCUCUUGACCUCAUCAACGAGGCUAUCAAGGAGGCCGGUUACGAGGGUAAGAUCAAGAUUGGUCUUGAUGUUGCUUCCUCCGAGUUCUACAAGGAUGGCAAGUACGACGUUGACAUCAAGGUCAAGAACCCCAACCCCGCCAACAAGCUCUCCUUCGAGCAACUCGGCAAGAUCUACGCCGACCUCGCCAAGAAGUACCCCAUUGUCUCCAUUGAGGACCCCUUCGAGCAAGAUGACUGGGAUGCCUGGACUCACCUCCAAGCCUCUUCUGACUUCCAAAUUGUUGGUGAUGACUUGACUGUCACCAACGUCAAGCGUCUCUCCAAGGCCAUCGACAAGAAGUGCGCCAACGCCCUUCUUCUCAAGGUCAACCAAAUCGGUACCAUCACCGAGUCCUUGAACGCCGUCCGCAUGUCCUACGAGGCCGGUUGGGGUGUUAUGGUUUCUCACCGUUCCGGUGAGACCGCCGACACCUUCAUUGCUCACUUGACUGUCGGUAUCAACGCCGGUCAACUCAAGUCUGGUGCUCCCUGCCGUUCCGAGCGUUUGGCCAAGUACAACGAGCUUCUCCGUAUCGAGGAGGCUCUCGGUGACAAGGCCAUCUACGCUGGUGCCAAGGCCGCUGACUACAUCAAGGCCGCCGCUGCCAAGUUCUAAGCAUUUUGAUGUUUAAUAUAGAGAAUUAUAGAAAUUAAUGAAUCGUUAGACUGAUGAAGUUUAAAAGCGGGCGCGUUGUCGAAUCGAACAUUGUUUUCAU